AUGGCGGCCCCUGGUAAGUGCCCUGUCUCAUACUCGUUCCCUGUAGCGCAACUGCGCCUCGCCACGGUUUGGUGCCUCGCGCUCUACUUGGCUCGUGCUCUCCGUGCUUGGGGAUUGUGGGGGUCGGUGGCCGUCGUCGAUCACGCAAGCGGCGCUGAGGCUCCUGGUGCACAACGGAGCACCACCUCACAGCCCAUCACACUUCAUCUCAGCGAACCGAAAACAACCAAAGCUGACAUCAUCACCUACCACCCUCCCCACAGCUUACCGCUACGAAACCCAAGCCUUGCACGCGGGUCAUACCCCGGACGCUGCGACGAAUGCUCGCGCCGUGCCCAUCUAUCAGACUACGUCGUUCGUCUUCAACGAUAGUCAACAUGCGUCCAACCUUUUCGGUCUCAAGGCGUUCGGAAGUGAGUUUCACGUGCCUUGUCUGCAAAGGAGUUGCUGUGGUCAAUAUUGCACUGGGUGAAAUGGGAAUAGUCGUCUUCAGGAGAUCCGGAUAUGACCACGGAGUCAGCGAGCUCGGCCGACGCCGGCCACUCCGAUUUUCCGUCCAUCGGCAGACUGACGAGUUUUCCCAUCUGCCCGCGAAACCAGACAUCUACUCGCGUAUCGGUAACCCGACCGUGGAUGUGUUUGAGCAACGUAUCGCCGCUUUGGAAGGUGGUGUCGCGGCUGUAGCGGCUUCGUCCGGGCAGGCCGCACAGACGAUGGCGAUCAUUGCUUUGGCCGAGGCUGGUGGUGAGUGAUGCUCUCUGUGAUCGCAAUCCCGGGCCACAGAACCUGGUAUAUGGGACAGGUUUUCUUCAAUUUCAUGAGUCUGAUCGGGAAAACCCUCUGCGCAGACAACUUCAUCGCUUCCAGCUACUUGUACGGCGGAACCUACAACCAGUUCAAGGUCCUGUUCAAGCGCCUCGGCAUCGAGGUCAGGUUCGUCAAGGGUGACAACGCCGCCGAGUUCGAAGCUGCGAUCGACGACAAGACCAAGGCGAUCUACAUCGAGUCGAUCGCGAACCCUCAGUACUCCGUACCGGACAUUCCUAAAUUCGCCGAGAUCGCGCACAAGCACAAGCUCCCCUUGAUCGUCGACAACACGUUCGGGCAGGGUGGAUGGGUAGCACGACCUAUCGACCACGGUGCUGACGUCGUGGUCGAGAGUGCGACCAAGUGGAUUGGUGGUCAUGGUGGGUCUUAAUUCUUCCUUGGUGCUCAGGUUUCCUCUUGUGCCCGUUAAUUCACAUCCUCACCAACCCCCCACCUAGGUACUACGAUCGGCGGUGUUAUCAUCGACUCGGGCAAGUUCGAUUGGGCCGCCUCGGGUCGGUUCCCCAGCUUCACCGAACCGUCGCCAGGCUACCAUGGCCUCAAGUUCUCCGAGACGUUCGGCAACAUCGCUUACGCGAUCCGCGUGCGCGUCGAAGUCCUGCGCGACCUCGGUGCUUGCCUCUCCCCCCACUCGGCCUUCUUGCUCCUCCAAGGUAUCGAGACCUUGCCCCUCCGAGCCGAACGACAUUGCCAGAACGCCCUCGUCCUAGCUCGUCAUCUUGAACAACACAAGGAUAUCGCGUGGGUCUCGUACCCCGGGUUGGUGAACCACCCUUCGCACGAGGUCGCCAAGAGGUUGCUGCGCAAGGACCACUUCGGCUCGGUGCUCAGUUUCGGCGUCAAAGGUGCGCAGGAGGCCGAGACGGGUAGUCGAGUUGUGGACAAGCUCAAGUUGGCGAGCAACCUGGCCAACGUGGGUGAUGCCAAGACGUUGGUCAUUCACCCUGCUAGGUGAGCUGGUGGAUCCUUUGGAGCGUGGCUUGCACGGACGCGAGGACUGACUCGGUCGUGCGACUUUGCUUCACAGCACGACCCAUGCCCAAUUGACCGCCGAAGAGCAGGUAAGCAGUCUUUUCAACGCAUUUUCAUCACGAUAGUGGCUGACCCAAUGCCGAUCAUAUUCUGCUCAGGUCAACUCCGGUGUGAGCCCCGACCUGAUCCGAGUGUCGGUCGGUAUCGAGCACAUCGAGUAAGUCGAGUUCGUCGAGGCCACGAGGCCGCAUUCACUGAGCUCACCUCGUGCCUGUUUUGUCUCCUCUACAGCGACAUCAUCGCCGACUUUGACCAAGCGCUCACCGCCGCUCUUCAAUAG